AGCAAGAUGAACAAAGAUGCUCAGAUGAGAGCAGCAAUUAACCAAAAGUUGAUAGAAACUGGAGAAAGAGAAUGCCUCAAAGAGUUGCUGAGAGCUAAAUUAAUUGAAUGUGGCUGGAAGGAUCAGUUGAAGUCACACUGCAAAGAAGUAAUUAAAGAAAAAGGACUAGAACACGUUACUGUUGAUGACUUGGUGGCUGAAAUCACACCAAAAGGCAGAGCCCUGGUACCUGACAGUGUAAAGGAGCUCCUACAAAGAAUAAGAACAUUCCUUGCUCAGCAUGCAGCCUUUAAGAUUGAAUUAGAUUGUUGUUUUGUGGUUUUAUUUCUGAAAGUAAAACUUGCCAUAAAUUAG